CCAAACAAACCGUGUUUCCGCCUUUCAAUUUUCCCAACCAAACCAACACUCGAUUUCCGGCCUAACCGUCACUUCCCUUUUUCUCAGGCGCCUUUCAUCAACUUACCUGCUUGCUUGUAAUUUUCUCCCACUUUCAUGAACUUUACCCCUCGUUUUUCUUGGUGAUAGAUUGUGGGGCAUCAGCGAAAGAGUGAUCAGCUCUCUUAAAGGGGACUGCUGUAUGUCAGUAGACUGCUUUGAGACUUAUUGCAGUGGAAUCGGCGAACUCGCUAACCCGUUGCAAUGGCCUCAACUUCGAAAAAAGCGACGCCUCCUUCUUGCUGUGCCACCAUCAAUUCAGUUCCUGUCACACGACUCGCAGCGCCGUCUGUCGAAGCUACCAAUGCGGUUGUUGAGUUGACGCAUUGCGCCGAUGGUCACCGAUUCAAGAAGGUAGCCAUGGCGACUUUGAUCAACCCUGUUGAUCCGCUUCCAGAACCUUCCACCAAUGCUGCCGCCGCCAAAGGAAUCACUUUAAUGCCAAGGGCCCAGUCAAGCCACCCUCUAGAUCCUUUAUCCGCUGCUGAGAUCGCCGUGGCAGUGGCUACUGUCAGAGCAGCUGGAGCCACACCUGAGGUCAGAGAUGCUAUGCGCUUCACUGAAGUUGUUCUGCUGGAACCAGACAAACAUGUUGUUGCACUAGCAGAUGCAUAUUUCUUCCCUCCUUUUCAACCGUCAUUACUUCCUAAGACUAAAGGAGGGCCUAAUUUUCCGAUUAAGCUGCCUCCCAGAUGUGCUAAACUCGUCGUUUACGAUAAGAAGUCAAACCAGACUAGUGUGUGGAUUGUUGAACUAUCAGAAGUACACGCAGUAACUCGAGGUGGUCAUCACAGGGGAAAAGUAAUUUCAUCACAGGUUAUUCCAGAUGUUCAGCCUGCAAUGGAUGCUGUGGAGUAUGCAGAAUGUGAAGCUGUCGUCAAAGACUUUCCACCUUUUAGAGAGGCUAUGAAGAGAAGGGGCAUUGAAGACAUGGACCUUGUAAUGGUUGAUGCAUGGUGUGUUGGUUAUCAUGGCCAAGAUGAUGGUCCCAGCCGAAGACUGGCUAAACCACUUAUAUUUUGUCGUAGUGAGAGUGAUUGCCCUAUGGAAAAUGGCUAUGCACGUCCAGUUGAGGGCAUCUAUGUGCGUGUUGAUAUGCAGAAGAUGGAGGUGAUUGAAUUUGAAGACCGUAAACUUGUUCCUCUGCCUCCAGUUGAUCCCUUGAGAAACUACACUGCAGGUGAAACAAGGGGUGGCUCUGAUAGAAGUGAUGUAAAGCCCUUACAAAUCAUUCAGCCUGAAGGUCCCAGCUUUCGAGUUAACGGUCGCUAUGUAGAAUGGCAGAAGUGGAACUUUCGAAUUGGAUUUACACCCAGGGAAGGCUUGGUUAUAUACUCUGUUGCCUACGUUGAUGGUAGUCGAGGGCGAAGGCCUGUUGCACAUAGGUUGAGUUAUGUGGAGAUGGUUGUGCCGUAUGGAGAUCCAGAUGAACCACAUUACAGAAAAAAUGCUUUUGAUGCUGGGGAAGAUGGCCUGGGAAAAAAUGCACAUUCUCUCAAGAAGGGUUGUGAUUGUUUGGGGGUCAUUAAAUAUUUUGAUGCUCACUUCACAAAUUUCACUGGAGGAGUUGAGACAAUUGAAAAUUGUGUUUGUUUGCAUGAAGAGGAUCAUGGAAUCCUAUGGAAGCAUCAAGACUGGAGAACUGGCUUAGCAGAAGUCCGAAGGUCAAGAAGACUUUCGGUUUCUUUUAUGUGUACAGUGGCCAACUAUGAGUAUGGAUUUUUCUGGCACUUUUAUCAGGAUGGAAAAAUUGAAGCUGAGGUCAAGCUAACCGGAAUCCUCAGCUUAGGAGCGAUGAUACCUGGAGAGUCUAGAAAAUAUGGUACCACGAUUGCACCAGGCUUGUAUGCUCCCGUCCACCAACACUUCUUUGUUGCUCGCAUGGACAUGGCUGUUGAUUCUAAACCUGGUGAAGCUUUGAAUCAGGUUGUAGAGGUCAACGUCAGAGUUGAGAAGCCUGGGAAUGAUAAUGUUCACAAUAAUGCAUUCUACGCAGAAGAGGCUCCGCUCAAAUCUGAGUCGGAAGCCAUGAGGGAUUGCAAUCCUUUGACCGCCCGACAUUGGAUUGUGAGGAAUACCAGAACAGGAAAUAGAACGGGGCAAUUGACGGGAUACAAGCUAGUACCUGGUUCAAACUGCUUACCAUUAGCAGCUCCUGAGGCCAUGUUCUUAAGAAGAGCUGCCUUCUUGAAGCAUAAUCUUUGGGUGACGCCAUAUUCACGGGAGGAGAUGUUCCCAGGAGGGGAUUUCCCUAAUCAAAGCCCUCGCAUAGGUGAAGGACUAGCUUCGUGGGUGAAGCAGAAUCGAUCUUUGGAAGAAGCUGAUAUAGUUCUAUGGUACGUAUUUGGAAUCACUCAUGUCCCUCGGCUGGAAGACUGGCCUGUUAUGCCAGUAGAGCGCAUUGGUUUUAUGCUCAUGCCUCGUGGAUUCUUCAACUGCUCGCCUGCUGUAGAUGUGCCCCCUAAUCCAUGUGAGAUGGACAGCAAGGACCAUGAGAGCAAAGACAACAAGCCCAUCCAGAAUGAAUUAGUGUCUAAGCUUUAG